AUGCUCGCCUCGGAGCUAGCCGUUGGCUUUGGCUGUGUCGCAACAACUCCCUUCGCCCCAUCCUCCUCUCACCACCGACCAAGCACUGCUCCUCCCGUUUCUGAUUCCCUUUCCAGCACGUUCUUUGCAAGCCAACCAAACCGGCACGUCAAGGGCCGGCGUGUGCUGGUGGUGACCAAUGAAAGCAUCGCACCGCUGUUCCUGGAGCGGACUAUUUUGGCGCUGACACAUGGCAACCCCCAAUUGGAGGUUCGCAGCGUCGUGCUGCCGGACGGCGAGCAGUUCAAAGACCUGGAAACCCUCAAUCUGAUCUUCGACCGAGCCCUGGAGACCCGCAUGGACCGGCGUUGCACCUUCGUGGCUCUCGGGGGAGGCGUCGUCGGCGACAUGACUGGCUUCGCCGCGGCCUCGUACCUACGAGGCGUCAAUUUCAUCCAGAUUCCCACCACCGUCAUGUCUCAGGUGGACUCGUCGGUGGGGGGCAAGACAGGUGUCAACCACCGAUUGGGCAAGAACAUGAUAGGCGCGUUCUACCAGCCGCAGUGCGUGCUGAUCGACACCGACACGCUCGCGUCGCUCCCCGCCAGGGAGCUCGCGUCGGGCCUGGCGGAGGUGAUUAAGUACGGGCUCAUUCGCGACGCGGAGUUCUUCGAGUGGCAGGAGGAGAACAUGGACCGGCUGUUGGCGAGGGACCCGGCAGCACUGGCGUUUGCGAUCAAGCGGUCGUGUGAGAACAAGGCAGCGGUGGUGGCGGCUGAUGAGAAAGAGGGCGGCCUCAGAGCCACUCUCAACCUUGGCCACACCUUCGGCCAUGAUACUUUUGAGUCGACUCAAAAGCUGAGUAGUGACUUGCUCGUCUCACUGCCUCUCCCUCUCUUCCUCACUCACCCACUUUUUCAGGCCAUAGAGAACGGAUUAGGAUACGGCGAGUGGCUGCAUGGGGAGGCGGUGGCAGCAGGCACGGUGAUGGCAGCACACAUGUCGCACCGCAUGGGGUGGAUCGACACCUCUCUGACUGCCUGUUCUGUUCCCCUCCCUCCUCUCCUGCCUUGUUUCAGGCCAUAG